AUGGGAGAAUACAAUGUAAACUAUCUUCUUUUGGACAUAAUAAGAGAAUACCUCACAUUUCAUCAAGUCUGGAGCAAGAUAGAAGCAAGGUUAGGCGACGACACCACCAGAACCUCUCACCAGCUUGCUCUGAUCACUCAGCUGGGUGAUAUCAAGAUAUUCAAUUCUGAUGUUCAGAAACUCAUACAGGAAAUCAGGACCAUCCAGGCCAAAGGAAGCAUCCUGGGAAGACCAUUUGCAGAUGAUACUCUCUUCUCUGCUCUCCAGAAAUGCACAAUUCGCCACCUGAUGUUCAGGGAGACAGUUGCCACCAUCCACCAACUCAACUUUGAAGUGCUGGCCAUGGCACUUAGCAUAUGUCAAUCGGCAUUAGAGAGCAUUCCCACCCAGAAGCUCGAUCCCUGGCAAGGUCAUGCUAGGACAGCAGGCGAUGGUGACCAGGACAAAUCGGCCCAUGAAACUGAUGAUGAUGAUGACAACAAAACUGCCAAGACUGGAUACAGAUGCCAAAGAAUCCAGUGUUUUGUGUGCAGGUGA